AGGGUUUUGCAUCUGAUUUAGAUAAAUUAAACACACUCAGAGGAAGAGUUUGAGCACGAUACGUAAUAAUGGCUUCCUUGAGAGUCUCUCGACUCCUUUUGUUUCUGUGCUUGCUUUGUUUCCUUGGCUUUUGGCUCAGCCCAAAAGUUAGUUGCCAACCUCUUCAAUAUUUCUGCUCAGAUACAUUUUUUUACAGCCCUUACAGCACCUAUGAAGACAGCCUGAAUUCCCUCUUUUCGGCUAUGUCAUCGGUUAAUGCUCCCCACAACAACGGAUUCUUUUACGACACGGCGGGCACUGACCUUCCUGAUAUAGCCUACGGCCUGUUCCUCUGUCGCGGUGAUGUUACCACAAACGAUUGUCAAGAAUGUGUGGAGACUGCUACUAGGGAAAUUCUACGGCGGUGCAACAACCAGAAAGACGCCAUAGUUUGGUAUUACAAUUGCUUCUUACGAUACUCAAACCAAUCUAUCGUCUCAAAUCUGGAUCAAUCACCUGUUUUUAUUAUGUCUAAUACUGCAAAUAUCACAGAAGUAGACAGGUUUAGGCAGGUGUAUCGAGAGAUGAUGGAUGACAUAGCCACGCGGGCUGCAAAUGAUCAAUCGGGCAAGAAGUUUGCCACUAAAGAAGUAAAUUUCACGGCAUACCAACAUAUCUAUGGCCUUGGACAGUGCACACCGGAUCUAUCCAUUUAUGAUUGUGAUACCUGCCUUCGAGAUGCAAUCUCAAGGCUCAGAGGGUGCUGCGAUGGAAGACAAGGGGGGACAGUUCUGUUUCCAAGCUGUAAUAUUAGGUACGAGUUGUACCCCUUCUACGGACUCCAUGCAAGCAGUAAAGGAAGUAAAAGAAGGAUGGCUAUAACUAUCAGCACAAGUGUAUCCACAGUGUCAAUGUUUGCACUACUUGGAUGCUAUAUGUACCGUAGGAUGAGAAGUAAAAGAAGAGAGCAAGAGGAGAAAGAACAUAGCCAAGAGAGUCAAUUAAUUCACUUGCCUGUAGAAAGACUUGCCGAUGACUACUCAAAUGAUUAUUUGCAUGGAGAAAAGCAAGCGAAAUCCCAAGACUUUCCUUUGAUAGGAUUAGAUCUCAUAAAGGCAGCUACACAACAUUUUUCUGAAGAUAAUAAGCUCGGAGAAGGUGGUUUUGGCCCUGUUUACAAGGGUACUCUAGUAGAUGGCAAAGAAAUUGCGGUUAAGAGACUCUCAAGAACUUCUGGUCAAGGGCUACGGGAGUUGAAGAAUGAAGUUACUUUAAUUGCUAGACUGCAACAUAGAAACCUUGUGAGGCUAUUAGGUUGCUGCUUAGAGGGAAAUGAAUCACUUCUCAUCUACGAAUUCAUGCCCAACAAAAGCUUAGAUGUCUUCCUCUUUGGUUUGACCCUUAAACCUCAUAUGCUUGCUAAUUAUGGCAAGCAUACUACUUGAUUUGAACAAUGUUUCUUUGCUUGCAGAUUCAACCAAAGGUGUCAUACUGGAUUGGAAAAAACGCCUUAACAUUAUAAAAGGAAUUGCUCGGGGCAUUUUGUAUCUGCACGAGGAUUCUCGCCUAAGAAUCAUUCACAGGGACCUUAAAGCUAGCAAUGUUUUGUUAGAUCAUGAGAUGAAUCCAAAGAUCUCAGACUUUGGAAUGGCAAGGAUUUUUGGUGGAAAUCAAAUUGAAGACAACACAAAUAGAGUUGUUGGGACAUAGUAAGCUCUCUUCCUUUGGUUAUUAUUUUUGCACUUAUGUGAUUGCCUGAUUGGCCUCUUGCCAAGAUCUCUAUCUUAGAAAUCUCCUUCUCGCUUUUUUAAGCUAAUAUAGGGUUGCGCAUGGUAGUCUACAAAUGCUCUUGUUCAAGUUAUUGUAGUUUCUUGUAAAGGCAAAAAGGUGCUAUUAAUGUGGUUUUCAAAGUAGAAGUGACAUCAGUGAAUCUUCUCUUCUUUCACCAUAUUUGAUUCAAAGCAGUGGAUAUAUGGCUCCGGAGUAUGCUAUGGAAGGAUUAUUCUCUAUUAAAUCAGACGUUUUCAGUUUUGGAGUUCUACUGCUUGAGAUAGUUAGUGGGAAAAAGAAUAAUCGCUUUCUCUCCCAAAAUGGUCAAAGCCUCAUUACUUAUGCAUGGGAAUUAUGGUCUGAAGGACAAGGGUUGGAGUUGAUGGACCCAUUACUAGUAGAGUCUAGUGUGCUGGAUGAAGUGCUAAAAUGCAUCCACAUCGGAUUAUUAUGUGUCCAGGAAGAUCCAGCAAAUAGACCCACCAUGUCAUUUGUAGUUGCUACAUUGGUAAGCGACACUAUAUCGCUCCCUCGACCUACACGACCAGCAUUUUCCAUUGGACGAAUUGUAUUGCCAUCAACCAAAUUCCAACAGCUGGUCAAAUAUGUUCUGUUAAUGAAGUCACACUUUCAGAUUUAUCACCCCGGUGACAGAUUGAUUGUUGCUUCUUUCCUUUUGUGCUUUCGAACAUAUUAUGGACAAAGUUCUAUAUAAAUAUGCAUA